AUGUCCCAAGACGUCAUCUCGAAAGGCAUCAUUGAGGAGCCCCAUGCUCGCACUAUGUUCCAGCUCCGUCAUUCUGGCCAUCGCUCUCAGAACGGACCGGAUGUCGAGGCAUUCCCGCAUCAGGAGCGAGAGAUGUCUUUAAGAGGCACAAAGCCUGGCUGCUCAGAGUCUGUUUGCUACCUCAGCACGCCUGAGCAUGGUGCAGGGCGCAGUGUUGACCAUAAAAGCCCUGAGAGACACAGCGACCUCGCCCGGCAACUGCGGACAGCGCUGAUCCUGCACCAAGUUGAGCAAGAAGUCGCUAGUGGUACAGCGCGAAGGUGCAAGAAUUAUCAAGCAGCCUGCUUGUCUUUGGACGAUGUUUCCGGUAGUAUGGCAUCCACGCUUCCCUUCAAACGCAUCGUAUCAACCGUCGAGAUCGUAGAGCUAAGAGGGAGAUAUCUCCGAGAAAUUGAACAACAGAAUUUGAGUGACGAGACUCUUGAGGGUACGGUGAGGAAUCUGGAAUCAGAUAUCAGCACUUGGUUUACGAAGUGGGACAACGAUCUUCAACAACCUCUUUCCAACGCAGCAGUCUCCGCUUGCAGAAGGAUUACGCAUUCAUCAUCGUCUGCAGCGCCAUACUCAGCAGGAAUGGGCCCUUGA